AUGGCCUCACUUGCUGGUGGACUGGAUGAAAUGAAGAGCAGUUUGGCCAAUCCGGGCACGGGAGCGGACUUAGGCGGAGGCGUUGCUGGUCCUCAGUCCUACUCACUAGUGCCAGGUCGGGAUUUAGCCAGCACCACUCUCCCAGGCUACCCUCCCCAUGUCCCUCCCACUGGACAGGGCAGCUACUCCACCCCUUCGCUCACAGGCAUGGUAACUGCGAGCAACUCUCUUCCCCUGUUCUGCUGCUGCUGCUCUGUGUGCGCGUGCAGCAGGGGGGCUGACACUCACAGGGGGUGUAGAGGAGCACUGAGGCAGAACCGACAGAACCAGAGCCAGAGGGAGGAGGGGGCACCGGGGUCUGUGACUGUCAGCGAUGGGAGAGGGAUCCCCUGGGACGAGUGA